UCUCGAGUCUUCGGGUUCGAGUCGUUCGUUCUUCAGGUGACCGCCGCAUAAACAAUGCACCAUGCAAUACCGGAAACGGGAUGAAUGAAUGACUCGAACACGAAGAUUCGAAACGUGAACUAAUCAUUUCUGUUUCUGGGGAACAGACGUGACAAAUGUGCCGUGACAAACGUCUCGCACUGGCUUAGACUGCAUAGCUUGAAGACCUAACGCUAAGCUAUUAAUUAAUCAUUACUCAAAUUAACGAAAUGACUCGAAAGAAGAUUAAUUCAUUUUGCUAAACGAGAUUCAAAGAUCCGAGUCAGUAAAAUGAUCCGAACUUCCUAUCAGUACACCAGAGGGCGCUGCGGAUUAAGUUUUGCUGAGUUACCGCCACACUGAAGAAGAGAACUAUAUCACAGGUGUACACCACGCUGGUGUUGGAGUGGCCACACUGAAGAAGAGAACUAUAUCACAGGUGUACACCACGCUGGUGUUGGAGUGGCCACACUGAAGAAGAGAACUAUAUCACAGGUGUACACCACGCUGGUGUUGGAGUGGCCAAUAUAUUUGAAUGUUUUCCCUGUUAUAAUCUCACUUCAACUCAGGAACGGAUGUGAGCAGAAAAUGGCUGCCUCUAACGCUUUUCUGUCUGAAGAACAGUUGCAGUGCUCGAUCUGUCUGGAAAUAUUCACUAAGCCUGUCUCUACCCAAUGUGGACACAACUAUUGCAUGGUAUGUGUCAACAAAUACUGGGACAAUUGUCAAAAGUACAAUUGUCCAUUGUGUAAGAAAGAAUUCAGUGAAAGGCCAGAACUUUGUGUUAAUAUGUUCAUAUCUGACCUGGCUGCUCAACUCAAAGACUCAGUGAAGGUGGGGUCCAGUGUUCACACAAAGAAGCUUCAUGCUGCACAAGUACAUGUGCCAUGUGAUGUUUGUACUGACCCUACACAGGAGGCCCUAAAGUCCUGUCUGGAUUGUGGUAUGUCGUUCUGUGAUGCACAUUUGGAGCAUCAUAAAAUCGCAGCGAAACUUAAGCAACACAGAUUAAUUGAUGCUGUGAAGAACCUGGUGGACCGUAUAUGCCAGAGGCAUCAGAGACCUAUGGAGUUGUUCUGUAGGAAUGAUCAAAAGUGUGUGUGUCUGUUCUGCACUGAGGGAGAGCAUAAGAGCCACAACACUGUUCCUAUAGUGGAGGAGAGUGCAGAAAAGAAGACUAAGAUACAGAAAACUCAGGCAGAUGUUCAGAAGAUGAUCCAGGACAGACUAAAAAAGAUUGAAGAAAUAAAGCAUUCUGUAGCCCUGAAAAAAAAAAAUAUAGAUAAGGAAAAAGAUGACAGCGGCGAAAUCUUCAGGUCUCUCCUGAGCUCCGUUGAGAGAAUGCAGGCUGAUCUGCUUAUGGUGUUGGAGGAGAAACAGAAAGGCAUAGAAAGGCAAGCCGGAGGGUUUGUUAAAGCACUAGAACAGGAAAUUGCUGCGUUGAAAAGAAGUGACACUGAGCUGGAGAAGCUCUUACACUGUGAAGACCACCUCCACUUCCUCCAGGCUUACUUAACAUUAUCCACCCCUAUGUCCAUCGUGAACUGGGAUCAAAUUCAAAUUAACAGCAGAUUGAGUGUCGACGAUGUGAUGAGAGAGUUGCUGCACCUUCAGCAAUCUGUGAGCAAUACCACCGAGAUGAUGUCUGGGCUGAUAAACCUGGAUUAUCAAAAAGAAGAGAUAAAAAGGCUGUUGAAAACUAAGUUACAGAAAGGUGACACAUGGUACCUAGUAGACAGUGGUUGGUUCACGAAGUGGAAGAAAUAUGUGGGAUUUGAGAUCUGGGACUGGAUUUGCAGGGGACACGAGACGUUUUACCCUGGACCAGUGGACAAUUCGGGCCUCCUAAAAGAUUCACUCGGUAUGAAGGAGAAUCUAAUUGAAGAGCUGCAUUACAUCCUUCUGCCUAAAGAGGCAUGGGGUAAACUAAUCAGCUGGUAUGGACUGACAGAUCACCAGAAGCCUAUUGCACGAAAAGUGGUUGAGCAAGGCGUUUUUGUGAAGCACUUUAAAGUGGAGGUCUAUCUCACUGAACUGAGAUUAUGUGAAUUCAGCAAUAUGGACCAAAGUAUAAGUCAUCACUUCAGCAAAACAGACACAGUAGCCUGCAUUGAAAAGGAAAUGCACAAAAUCUUCAAUAUUCCUGAUGGGAAGGAGACCAGGUUGUGGAGAAAGUAUAUGCAUAAUGCAUUUGAGUGUCUGGGCCAGCCUGGUAGCAGCAUUGAGGCUGCCGGUUUCUUCCAAGGACAGGUUGUAGUUAUAGAACAGAGAAAUGAAGAUGGAACAUGGCCGCGAGGCACAGUUAGACCAACUCUCCCAAAAAAAAAAAACUCUAACAAGUACUACCUGAGUGGAGCAUUAUGGUAGUUAAAAGGUACUAAACUCUGUUUAUUGUUCAUUUUAUUUUAUUUUUUAUUUUGUUUAGUGUUUAUGCUCUUUGCACUAUAGUGGAUAUAUUCUAUAUCUGAUAUAAAUAUCAUUAAGCAAGUAGUAAUAGAAACAUGUUUAUUGUAUUAGUUUUGCUCCAAAGACAUCUGAUAUAAUCAAAGUGACACAAUCGUGGGCAUCUUUGAGUUAAUGUUUACAGAAGAGGGCAAUUAGUAUGUGCUAGAUACACCCUCCAUAGAUAGCAGCGGUCAUGUGAUUCAGAGAGCUACCCGGAGCGGAAUUAGCAAAUGACCAAAUUGGGAGAAAUUGAGAUUAAUAAUAAUAAUACAAACUAAACUGAUGGAACAGAUGCCUUCAGAGAUUAACUAGGUGGAAAUGUGUAGAAAGUUAUUUUAUUUUUAUUUAUUUUUUCUAGCAUUAACAAGCAUUAAAGAAUGAGGGAUCAUAAUUGGAUUUUGUUUUUUUACUUAGUACUGCCCUGAAUAAACUAUUUCACAUAACAGAUAUGUGUUGUUACCUGGAUGAUCAGUGACUGUGUUUUGUUUGGUGAUGGUUGUUCACGAGUCCCUUGUUUGUCCUGAGCAGUUAAACUGCCCACUGUUCUUCAGAGAAAUCCUCCAGGUCCUGCACAUUCUUUGCUUUUCCAGCUUCUUCUGCAUAUUUGAUCCCAGCAGUGACUAUAUAAUGUUGAAAUCCAUUGUUUCACACUAAGGACAAUUGAGGGACGCCUAAAUUUAUAUUCUUAACUAUUAUAAAAGUUGCAAACAUUCACCGAUGCUCAAGAAGGCAACACACUACGUUAAGAGCCAGGGGGAUGUAAACUUUUGAACAAGAUAUUUACAUGUUUCCCAGAAGACAAAAUAAUAACAGUUUACACCACCAUCAUGUUUUCAUCACAAGUUUUAUGUAUAAUCUUUCUUUCUUGAGAAUCAGUGACUGUUUUGUAAUAGUUGUGUACGAGUCCCUCAGUUGUCCUCGGUGUGAAAAUAUGGAUGUCAAAAUCAUAUAGCCGCUAUAUGCAGAAGAUGCUGGAAAAGCAAAGAAUGUGCUUCCUGGAGGAUUUUUAUGAAGAACAGUGGGCGGUUUAACUGCUCAGGACAAACGAAGGACACAUGAACAACUCUCACAAAACAUAAAAGCAGUCGUUGAUCAUCCAGCUUACAACACACAGUAUUAAGAAUCAGGGGUAUGUAAACUUUUGAACUGGUUCAUUUGUGUAAAUUUGAUGUGAAAUAGCUUACUCAGGGCAGUACUAAAUGUAUUUAUUUUCUUUAAAGCAAUUUUUAUAAUCUCCCUUUAAAAAAAUGAUUAACAUUUACCAUUCUGCAAGGUGUAUGUAAACUUAUGUGUAUCAAACAGGUUAUGACUGUAUAUGGAGACAAUGUACAGUAUGUAUCACUCUGUUCAGAAUAAAUAUGAGGUGCUGCCACAAGCAUUAC